AUGGUUUUCAAGUCAGAGUACCUCAAUCAGACAGUGGUGAGCCACUUCUUCCUGGAAGGUCUGAUGUACACAGGGGACCAUCCUAGCCUCUUCUUCCUCCUCUUCCUCCUCAUCUAUAGCACCACGGUGACUGGAAAUCUCCUUAUUCUCCUGACUGUGGGUUCUGACCCCCACCUCCGCUCCCCCAUGUACCACUUCCUGGGCCACCUCUCCUUCCUGGAUGCCUGCCUGUCUACAGUGACGGUGCCCAAGGUCAUGGCAGGACUGCUGACUCCGGAGGGGAAGGUGAUCUCCUUCCAAAGCUGUGCUGUACAGCUUUACUGUUUCCACUUUCUGGCCAGCACUGAGUGCUUCCUGUACACCGUCAUGGCCUAUGACCGCUACCUGGCUAUCUGCCAACCCCUGCACUACCCAGUGGCCAUGAGCAGAAGGAUGUGCGCCAGGCUGGCUGGGAUCACCUGGGCCACAGGUGCUGUGCACUCUGCAGUCCAUACCUCCCUCACCUUCCACCUGCUCUACUGCGGACCCCACCAUGUUGCCUACUUCUUCUGCGACAUCCCCCCUGUGCUGAAGCUGGCCUGCGUGGACACCACCAUUAAUGAGCUUGUUAUGCUUGCCAACAUUGGCAUAGUGGCUGCAGGCUGCCUGAUCCUCAUCGUCAUAUCCUACGUCUUCAUCGUGUCUGCCGUGCUGCGCAUCCGCACCGCCGAGGGCCAGCGGCGGGCCUUCUCCACCUGCUCAGCCCACCUCACUGUGGUGCUCCUGUAUUACCUGCCACCUGUCUGCAUCUACCUGCAGCCGAGCUCCAGUGGGCCUGGCGCUGGAGCUCCCGCCGUCUUCUACACAAUCGUCACUCCCAUGCUCAAUCCUUUCAUUUACACACUGAGGAACAAAGAGGUGAAGCGGGCCCUGCGGAGGCGGCUGUGUAUCAACCCCCGAGAGACGCCUGCAGGCAGCCCACCCCCCUGA